GAGCCGGAUGGCGGCGCGGCCGGCCGUCGCCGACGGGGCUGCCCGCAGGAGACGCUGCCGGCGGGCGGAGCCGCGCCGCCCGCGCCAGGGCGGGGUCGCGGGGGCCCUCCGAGGUCGUUCUGCCUGGGGCCUCCGGCGGUCCACAGAUCCCGGAAGCUAGCGCUGGGGGAGGGGGCUUUACGUCCUCUGAGAGCCCCUGUUCUCACCCGGGAGGUGGGGUGCUGAUGCCGGUGUCGCUGGGCUCUUCUGACUUAAGGAAUGAACGAACGUGAAGUGGUUGCUCAGAGCCCCGCCGCUGUGGAGGAGAUUCUAGACCGGGAGAAUAAGCGGAUGGCCGACAGCUUGGCUUCCAAGGUCACCAGGCUCAAAUCGCUGGCCCUGGACAUCGAUAGGGACGCAGAAGACCAGAACCGGUACCUGGACAGCAUGGACUCGGAUUUCACAAGCAUGACAGGCCUGCUCACAGGGAGCGUGAAGCGCUUUUCCACAAUGGCGAGGUCUGGGCGAGACAACCGGAAGCUUCUAUGUGGUAUGGCCGUGGGCCUGAUCGUGGCCUUCUUCAUUCUCUCCUAUCUCCUGUCAAGGGCAAGGACAUGAGCCACCAGGAGCUGACUUCUGUGGGGCCUGGGGCAACCAGGGUCUUCCCCUGCCUGGUGUCCUAGGCUCCAGAGGACCUACCUGCAAAAUACUCCUUUGAAAUGAUGAUCGUGGCUUAGGAAUUUUCUUCCUCUGUGACUGGCGUUCAUGGCUGCCUCUGACCGAGUGAGCUCGUAUUGGCUGGUCCCGUGUGUGUAAGGGUCUCUUUCCCUUGGGGAAACCAAGGCCCAGGCCCUGUGCUACUCUGGGUACCAGAGGCUCUGGAAAUCCUGGACAUGGCUACCUGUGGCCAGCAGCCCUUCCCUUGUCCCUUGGGGCUCUGACGUCUCAAGGCUCUGCCCUAUCCAUGUCUCUGGGUAAGGCCACAUCUGAUGCCUGAGGUGCCUGGAGCUGACAUGGGAUGGGGGUUUGGCUGUGAAGUUUGAGCACCAUCUCCUCAGCUCGGAGAUUGCAGCUACUCUUGGCUAGGGCUGCUGAGUAUGGGCAGAUGAGCCUCGCCUGCCCUCCAGACCCUCGGGGAAGGGCAGGGUAUUGUGGAUGAAGAAGUGGACCGCAACCUUGGCUGGAGGCAUUGGGCCCUGAUCCUUUUGGAUCUCACAGUCUUGUAUCCAGGAGCAGAAACUCCUAUUUUCUCAGGAUUCAAGAUCUAGCCAACACCAAAGAUGUAUUUCUGGGAGACCAGACCUCUAGAAGCAGUUCCCUCUGGCGUUUCAGAGUUAGGCGGAAUGUGUGUUGGGGAGGCGCCUUCUGUGGGUCAAGACAGGAGGCUUCCCUACAAGGACUCUCUUCAUAGGACCCAUGGGUCACUUCCUGAGGGUCACCAGGCAGCUUCCCCUCCACCAUGUGAGGCCCUUCAACAGUGAGUAUUCCCUUACUAAGGGAACUCUUAGUCGUUCCCUCAUCCCCAGCCUCUGCAGACUGCUCUCCGUGCCCGUCUCUCCCUGGGCCCUCACUGCCCACUUGGCCAGCCCCACGUUCACACAAACCAAAGCACAGGCCCAGCUGGGCCAGCGGCUUCGCACCCCACGGUGAGGUGUCGGCACCCUCAUUGUGCAUAAAUACGUCUUCUGCCAGCCCAGUCACUCCCGCUUACUCCCAGAGGACUGUUGGCUCUGCCCCACACUGUGUGCUGUGCAGGCCCCUGGUGUGACUCACACACACUGACCGCACGUCGGCCGCGGUCUCCAACUCUGGUCACCUCACCGUCAGCACUGCUGCUGUUCCCUGUUCUCCCUUCUGCGUCCCUUGUCUGUCCAGCAGGCCUGGCCCCUCCUCACAUGGUCACUGUAGCACUCUUCUUGCGUUGGACCUGCUGGGCUGCUCGGCCUCCUGGAGGAGGGGGAACCUACCUUCCUACUUCUGAGUGCUCUGUUCUGACAUGCCCCUACCCCUCCAGAGGCUAGUUUCUCAUCCAGGGAGGUCUGCUCACCUGCCUCCCUGUCUGUGGGGCUUUGGUGUUUCCCCUGACUCCUUGACAUUCCUUCUCAGGCCCCCAUGGUCCUGCUUCCCUCCCCAGUCCCCAUGCACUGUGGCUUUGAGUUAGCCAUCUCAUGUUAAAUCUUGUGACGGGGGCAUGUCCACUGGUCACCAAGCUUACUAGACCUGUGUAGUGUCUCCGUCUGGUGGCAUUGCAGAUGGACCCACACCCUGCAUCCCCCCUGGGCCUGUGGUGCUGACCUCUUCCUGAGAACAUGGCUCAGUUGUGAGAGCUUCACCACACUACGGAUUCGAUGCAGGCUGGUUUAGAUUUUGUGUUUCGGGUAGUCUUGAUGAGUGCUUUCUGCUGUUCCCCUGAGACCUCAAGCCGCAAUGUUCUCUCCUAAAGCCCCCAUCUCUGCCUCCCCGCCUCCACUUCAUAGCUCUUUGUGGCCCUUCCAGCUAUUUUGGGGUCUGGGUUUUAGUUACUUUUGGUUUACCAUUUUGUUUCUCAUUGCACUGGGAUGGAUUCCAUGAUGGGGGCAUGGCAGCUCUGCUGCCGACCUGUCAGAGCCUUUGCCCUCCUCUUGCCCCGCCUCGGGCGCUCAGCACCUACUCCUGUGCGUAAGCGCGGUUUGCUGACGUUGGUCCCUGAAACCACUAAAACAAAAAGGACCUGGGGACCCGACCUGUGCCAAGUGAGGAGACGCUGCCAGGCUUUAUCCCACAAUUCAAGAACAAGGCAUUUAACAAUAAAGAUUUGGAAUAAACAGCUUCAUGAAGUAAACAA